AUGUCGAUCGUCUGUCCAAUGUUACCCUUCUUCCUAACUCAGGUUGCAUUUGUGAGAGGACAAGAAAAUGCAAAUUUUCCAACAGGGAUUGAAGAACCAGCUAUUGAGGAAAAAGACCUACAGUUUAAUCUAGAAGAUGUGGCGGUGGAGUUUUUGUAUAAUUAUGCAAAAGAACGAGGUGACACCUUAUGGGAUUUUGAUAUUACGGGAGACUCCAAAAAACGCCCAGAAAAUCCUAACAGACCUCCUGUUACAGCGAAGAUGUCCGAACUGACCUUUCUACAAGCGGAAACGGUUUCGACGAAGCCCAUGGUUGCCUACACGCAGCUCUUCCACAACGGGCAGCCGGAUCGCAACAACACCGCGACCAUUAGCAGAGAGUUUAAGCACCAGAAUACCUACACGUACACGGUGGAAAGAGGAAUCGACACCGGGCUGAAGGGAGAGUGGAGCGCCGGGUUACCAGAAAUGUUCGGGCUCCGUACCGAAAUGUCGAUCAAAUUCUCGACUUUAUGGGGAAGUUCAGAGACUAAGACCACAGAAACCACGUACAGCCUGAACCAAAUUGUCUCUAUACCCCCAGAGUCGACGGUCAGAGUUCAAUGGCUCAUUGCCGAAGAAGUGAUGGACGUUCCAUGGGACGCCCUGAUGUAUCUGACGGGAUAUUUCGGCGGAUAUUUUAAAAGAGGCGAUAACUGGUUGUGGGUCUUUUUCCCUGUCGGAGUUCUGGAACAUCCUUACGUAGAGAAGCAGUCUGAAGACUCCAUUUUGUUCAGGGCCAAAGGGAGGUUCAGCGGUGUCAAAGCCAAGAACAAUUAUGUAGUUACGAGAGAACGGCGACAUUACCAAUGAACAAACUGAAUGAGGCAU